UCGGGAUGAGGCGGCCGACCCUCUCGCGCAUCAUUCGCCGAUCGUCCUCCGUGGCACAGCAGAAACGGUGGUCCACAGCAUGAUGCAAACGAUUCGAAGCAUCUCCCAUCAAGUCCCUCCCCUCGAAGAAGGAUUCGUACGGGUGUACAUUUGCCGCCACGGCGAAACCGACUACAACAGCCUUGGCAUCCUGCAAGGCCGAGGGGUCAACGCCCACCUGAACAAGACCGGACAGAAACAGGCAGCUAAGUUGGCACGCGCAUUCAAGGACGUUCCUCUCAACGCGGUUUAUAGCAGCAGCUUGCAGCGGGCAAGUGAGACGGCAUCGUAUAUACGGGAAGGACGACGGAAUGUCAAAGGUGGCGAGUUUGUCGACUUGGAAGAAAUGAGCUUUGGCACGAUGGAAGGCACGACAAGGACAAGUAACGAGUUGCUACUCCAGGACAUCUACGCCAAGUGGAAGCGAGGCCAGCUCAACGCGGCGUUCCCCAGCGGAGAAAGCGCGCUAGAUGUCGAGAAACGAGGCGUCACCGCCAUUCACGACUUGGUGCGCUCCACCGACACCAACGAUCACAUUGCCUUUGUGUGUCAUGGUCGGUUCAACAAAAUUGUGCUGUCAUCGCUACUGAACAUUCCAUUGGAAAAUCCAAAGCUUGGGCAAGACAACGCAUGCAUCAACGUACUCGAUUACAAUCGCCGCACCGAGACGUACGCGGCGCUCGUGCUCAACUACACCAAACACUUGACUGCGUCGUAAUCGAGCGUAUGUCGUGUAUAUCGUGUGCUUUAACCGAGAUUCAAUGAGUUUAUUCGUAUCGACGUACA